UCAAAUGUGAUUGGCAUAAGCAAACAUGUGUUAAUGCCAAACAGCUGAUCCAGCUGGAAACUGUUACGCGAUUGUGUAAAAAAGUUUGACCAGCAAUUUGAUGAAUUAAAAACAUAAAAUGCUGCGAACCUUUGUUUCUGGUGCGCUACGCAGCGUUUGCCGUGCGCCGCCGGCUUUCGCAGUGCAGCAAACUCAACGCGCAUGUUUCAGCCAGUUAAUCAAGGUUUCAUUUCCUGCCCAGAAUCGUAAUAAUCUGCUGCCCGCCAACAGUCUUACGCCAGCAGGAUCCCCUAUGCUUUUGCCGUUGUCAUCUCCAGCAUUGAGCGCUUUGCCCACUCGUAGCGUCACAAAGUUCUCGCUAAUCAAGGGAAAGCGAAAGUCGGUCAAGGCAGUAAUCAAGCGCUUCAAACGUCUCGAUUGGGGAGCCUGGAUACGCACACACACCGGUCGCCAUAAGAAAAUGUUCAAAAAGUCCAUGGAGUUGCGUCGCCGACUGCGUCAACACGUUUUCACCAAUGCGACACAGAGUUGGCUGCUGGACAAGAUGGUCACCAGUUAUUGGCGGCGUCCCAAGCACUAUAUCGAUGACCCAUAUGCUCCCUAUCACAAGCGCGAUGAGUACUUUGCCACCAAGUCCAAGUCAUUUAAAGUGUAAAUCAGAAUUUGGAUAAAAUGCAAAACAAUU